UUUUCAGACAAAUUAAAUCUCUAAUUCAAGAAGAAAAUGACGUUGCAUAAGUCUCUUGCCAUCUUGAGCUCCCUUUGCCUGAUCUUCAUGGCCAUAUCUUCAUCCACAGCUCAACCUCCUCCGGUGCUCGACACCAACGGCCAAGCUCUACGACGCGGUAUUGAGUACUACAUCAAGCCCGCGAUCACCGACGUUGCAGGCAAUCUCACCCUGAAAAGUCGUAGCCGUGCCCCUUGCCCGCUCUACGUUGGCCAGGAACCGGUUGCUUCGAUGGAGAUCGGUCUCCCAGUCAUCUUCACCCCCUACGCCGCGGACGAGGAUAUAAUAAGAGAAGGCAUGGAUUUCAAGGUUGUGUUCCAGGCGUCGUCGACGUGCAUAAUGUUGACACAAUGGAGAGUGGAGGAGACAGAGGCUGCCACAGGGAGGAGGCUGGUGGGGACCGGGGACGACAACGGCCCGACCGGGAUGUUCAGGAUCGACAGGAGCAACCUCGGAGUUUAYAAUAUAGGAUGGUGUCCCGAGAUGUUUGGGAGACCAAGGUGUGGAAGUGCAGGCAUUUUGGUUGAGGAUGGAGUGAGGCUGCUGGCUUUGGAUGGCUCUGCGUUUCCUUUUGAGUUUGUGAAAGCUUGAUGCAAAAGGAAGAACUUGGUUUUAAUUAUCUUACAAGAGAAAAAUGUGUGUAAUUAGUUGUUAUAUUGAAUUAGAAUAAUAUAAGUCAAAUAAAAGCUCUUGUAAGGAUUUACUUAUGUUAUUUCUUUUUAUGGUUAGUGUAAAAUUUAGCAUUUGGGUUAUUGAUUUUUCAAUG